AGAACUUUAUGGUCAUCUCUUGAAGCCAAUGGAUAUGGGAACUCUGCAGCUGCAAUGGGAAAAUUCACUACAAGGAAUCAUUUUGCAUCCCUGGUCAUUCUCUCUACUUCUCUUCUUCUCUCUUUUCCUCAUUCUUAAGUUUAGUAGAGGUUCUGCAAACCUCCCACCAUCUCCACCCAAGCUUCCAUUUAUUGGAAACAUUCACCAGUUAGGGUCACUCCCCCACCGCUCCCUUAGAUCUUUCUCUGAAAAAUAUGGGCCCCUCAUGCUUUUUCAACUAGGCCAUGUCCCAACUCUUGUUGUUUCCUCCCCUGAGAUGGCUAAAGAAAUCACAACAACCCAAGAUGUUGAGUUUGCAAAUAGGCCAGCUCUACCUGUCCCUAAGGAGCUCUGCUCUGGAGGAACUGACUUGGCCUUUUCACCCUUUGAUGAGUACUGGAAGCAGAUAAGAAAAAUUUGUGUUCAUGAUCUUUUUAGUCUCAGAAGGGUUCAAUCAUACAAGUCUAUAAGAGAAGAAGUGGUCUCUGUCAGUUUGAAGAAAAUUUUUCUUGCAUGUGAAGAGGGAACUACUGUUAAUAUAACAGAUCUGUUAUUCGCUCUAUCCAAUGACUUGAUCUGCAGGGUUGCUUUUGGUAGGGUUUACCAAAGAGAAGAUGAAAAGAAUAGCAAGCUUUGGCGUUUGGUAAGGGAGGUUUCUGCCUUAUUUGGAGAGUUGUGUGUGAAAGAUAUCUUCCCAUUAUUGGGAUGGAUGGAUACAUUAACUGGGUUAAAUGGGAGGUUGAAAAGGAUUUCCAAGGAGAUGCAUAUCAUCCUUGAUCAAGUUGUUGAAGACCAUCUCACUAAAACAAAGGAUGAUAGCCUUGACUAUGAUUUCUUAGAUCUCUUGCUCCGUGCUCAGAAGGACCCAACUCUUAGCAUUCCCCUCACUCUAGCCGAUAUUAAAGCAAUUAUUCUGGACAUGAUAAUCGGCGCAACUAAUAACCCUGCUGCUACGAUGAUAUGGGCAAUGGCAGAGCUAGUGAGGAAUCCCAAUGUGAUGAAAGAAGCACAGCAAGAGGUAAGAAGAGCUGUGGGGAAGAUAUCCAAGGUUGCAGAAGAUGAUAUUUCUCAGCUACCCUACUUAAACUUUAUUAUUAAAGAAACUAUGAGAUUAUACCCAGCAACCCCCCUAUUGCUUCCCCGGGAGUCUAGUACAGGUACCAACAUCAAAGGUUACUAUAUACCUCCUAGAACAAGAGUUUUUAUUAAUGCAUGGGCAAUUCAAAGGGACCCCAAAAAAUGGAAUGAUCCAGAGAAAUUUAUUCCAGAGAGAUUUCUUAACAGCCUAGUUGAUUUUCAAGGCCAACACUUUCAAUUCCUUCCUUUUGGUGCUGGGCGAAGGGGUUGCCCUGGGAUUUCUUUUGGAGUGGCAUCUCUUAAGUUAGUUCUUGCAAACCUCCUUUACUGGUUUGAUUGGAAGUUACCUGGGAAUGCAAAAGUGGAGGACAUAGACAUGACUGAAGCUCCUGGAACAGCAUUGCACAAGAAAACUCCUCUUAAUCUUCUCCCAAAAUCUUAUUUCUGAAGAUCAGAAGAUUAUUGGGUUUGUUCCCAUUUUAUGGAGAUAUUGUUGUGAGGAAAUAAAACUAUUUACUCAAAAUAAUGUGAAAAUGAAGACAUCUUUUCUUUGGGUAAGAUUUUAAAAGCCAAA